AUGGCCCGCGCCGCUACCGCCGCCGCACCCCGCGCUCUCCGGCUCCUCGGCGCCGCGCUGCUGCUCCUGCUGCUGGUCCCCGCCGGCCGCCGCGCCGCAGGGGCGCCCGUGGUCGCCGAGCUGCGCUGCCAGUGCUUGCAGACCUUGCAGGGAAUUCACCUCAAGAACAUCCAGAACGUCAAGGUGACGCCCUCGGGACCCCACUGCGCCCAAACCGAAGUCAUAGCCACUCUCAAGAAUGGGCAGGAGGUUUGUCUCAACCCCGAAGCCCCCAUGGUCAAGAAAAUCAUCAAUAAGAUGCUAAACAAGUGA